UAUCUCAAAAUAACCCGAUUUUCACUUCCUUACUCUUACUGCAUCAAACACAAAGCGAGGCAGCAAUGGCUAGACUCAUACGGCCUCUUAGGCAAAUUCCACUGAUGCAGCAGCAACUCUGCUCUCACUUUUCAUUUCAUCUUCAUCUAUCUCCAUCUUUAUUAUUAACUAGUAAAACCACUUCUCACUGUCUUGUUUUAGCUUCUGUUUACUCCUUUAAUCAUAGCAUCCGUUGUGGAUCCCGCGGUCUUCGAUUUUCCGAUGUUCCAACACUCUCCGAUCUGGAAGAAGGAGGAUCUAACAGCAGCGGCUCUGAUUCUGAUACAAAGAAGAGCCGCACUCAGAAGAAGCGCGAGGCUAGGCGCGCAGUCCGUUGGGGCAUGGAGCUGGCUUCCUUCUCCGCCCCUCAAAUUAAGCGCAUUCUCAGAGUGGCUUCACUUGAGCGAGAAGUGUACGAGGCAAUAAUGCUAGUUAAGAGACUAGGACCGGAUGUUCGAGAGGGAAAGCGGAGGCAAUAUAACCUUAUUGGGAAACUAAUACGGGACGUAAAACCAGAAUUAAUGGACGCUUUGAUUCAUUCAACAAAAGAUGGCGACUGGAGUAGGCUGCAGGCUGUGCCUGGUAUAGAGACAGGGAUUAUUGAAUAUGAUGAUGAAGAAGCUGAAGAAACUGAAUAUGAAGAAGACGAGGAGGAUGAAGAGGGUUCACAAGAGCACAUCAUAAUAGCAACCAGAUGGUUAGAUGGCUUGAUCAAUAAGGACCUGAAGAUUACAAAUGAAGUGUACGCUGUUCAUACCGUUGAUUUUGAUCGUCAGGAACUACGUAAACUUGUUCGAAAAGUGCAUGCAGUUCAAGAAAGCAAGAGUGUCUCUGAGGAGGUUGAUGAUGAAGAAGCAGAUGCUGCAAUAAUGGCUGCCAAAAAACCCCUCAUCCGCUUCCUUCGUGCUCUUGCCAAGCAAAUGCCAGCUGAAUCUCAUCAUAUUGGUUUGUGACUUAACUUUUCUCAGAAUCUAGUAGGCUUAUAAAUGCUGCCUUACUUUGACAAUACAACCAUUUAUUUAAGAAGAAAAAAAAAAAAAAAAGAAGAAAAAGUAGCUUGAUACGAACAGUUUUACAGAGGACAGCAUUAAAAUAUAUGACAUGUCUCUUUAGGCCUUAGUUUGGUUUGGGUUUGGGCUUAACAAAGUUGUCCAUGGGCAUAACAAUUCUUGUUCCUUGGGUCUAUGAAGUGUGAACACGACAAUAUAUCCUACAAACACUAUCUUUUCGCUGCCAAA